GUGUGAAUGUGUAUGUAUGGGAUUAGUUACUUCUGAUGGUAUCUUUACAUAGAAACUUCUGCCAUCAGUGUGUGAACAGGUAGGUUGUAGGUGUGACCUACAUUUACGUUUUACAAAUGGUGACAAUAUGUCAACAUGAUUAUUUUUAGUUGUUUCACUGCACCCAAGUUGUCAUAAACAUCAGCUAAUGCUGCUUUAAGAAUUUGUUUUGAAAAUAUACUGAACAAGCUGUGUGACUUAUUCAUUUGGAAUAAUUAACACUAACUGACGACAGGUUUUAUUCUAAGCAGCUUCAAAAGGAGUUGUGUUGGUCAGAUCUAAUUUCUAUAAACAUGACAAGAAAAAGUGUCAGGUAUCAGCUUAAGUUAUUAUGGUUCAUUGUUUUUUUUCCCUUAUUGUACUUAAAUACAGUGCUGUGUUGGCAAAGGUGUAAAACUCUAACUUAAUCUGACAAAAUAUAGAAAUUACCAAACAAAUGACCUCAGAAGCUAACUUUUGGUUGACAUAAUAAAAAAGAAGUUUAAAUAAAGACUAGGCCCCCUGAGUUGUAAACAGCUUGAGGAUCAGGAAGGACACUCACAUACCAAUAGAUACAGUAUGACUGCUUUUAGAAAACAAUCAAUGCCUUAUGUAUCUCCUUAAAACCAUCCCCUUCUCCAACCCUACACUAAAAACAACAGUGACAUUUAAAACUACUCAUUUCACCUAAUGUGACUUCUCAACAGUGUGCCAAACUCAAAGCUCCUGACCCUGACUCACAUGUCCUCAUUUGCGCUUCAUAAUAAAAGGAAGACAGUUAAGCAUUUUGUUUACCCAUCAAACCCUUCAGGCUUACCCCGGUCCUCAAGCUACUGUUCCUGCUGCUGCUGCUGCUGCCAGUAAACUUGUAAGAUGAGUCUUUUGUUGACUUUCCUUAAAUUUGACAAGUUCCAAACACCACACCCAUGCUAUGCGUGUCGGCAGAAACUCCCCCACCAAACCUGGGACAGGAAAUUCUCUUUAUUCUACUGAAAGUUCUGUACAUAUCAGGAGACUGAGCUUCAUAUAGAGCAGCACACACACACACACACACACACAUGCACACACUUUGUAUCUCAGCAGGACAGGAGACAGGAGCAGAGGGUGAAUAGUGGACUCACUACAGAAACCUCCAGACACAUCCUGUGUAUAAGAGAGACCAAUCUCUGACCUCCGCCCCCCAACAUCAGUCCACCAUGGGCCAGACCAUCCGCAAACACACUCCUAACCGCUUCCCGUCCUUUAAGCGUAGCUCUCAAAGACAAACGUCACAUGCUCAAAACUUAUCACCUCGACCGAGUAUCUUCUCCACGUUAAGAAGGGCCCCUGUCCCCAAACCCAGUGAUUUCAUUCCACUGUUCAACGAUUGCAUCUCUGCCGCCUCAUCCAGAACUCAAGAGUGCCUCCUCUUCAAAGACCCAGAGGACAAGUUCCGACUGAUCCCCGAGGUGCUCACUCAGGUCUUCCUGAUGACCUACAUCUCUCAGAGUGUCUGCCUUAACUUGACAGACACCUUCAACUGCACAGCCAUGACCCCUGAGCAGCGCAUUCUCCUGGGGGCCGACUGGGUCUGGGCCCUGCUGGAGAAGCCCACCAAGAACCCUCAGAUUCAGAUUGCUGUGCAGGUCAUACACCUGCCCGACAGGGAGGACUGCAAGGACAACUCCGCAGAUGUCAGUGAGACGGUCCUGAUUGCGCAGAAAGAGUCCAGCAACAAAACCAUGUGUGAGAGGUUGGUGGACUUCUGCACCUCCAUUGGAAAGGACUGCUACGCCCUCUUCUUGUUCAUGGGGAAGAAAAAUGACCCCGGAAAUAUUUACGGAGUUCUCAGCAACAACUUUGAGGCGGCCAUCGGGAAGUGCAACAAGAUUGACAGAGUUUUAAUCGAGAACUUCUUCAAAGGCUCGAGGUACCUCCACACACCCACAGGAAUGAUGCAGGCUAUCGUCACCAAGAAAAAGGGAGACCCUCUCACGCUCAUGAUUAAAUUCAGCUGAACCAAAGGGACUCAAAAUAACUGAUGGCUAAUAACAUGUUCAAUGUGAUAGAAAGAUACUAACUUUAACAACACAGAAGAUCUUUAGAGAACACUCAGGUUCUUUUCAACCUGUUGAUGAUGUUACAUUUAGUGAGUCAGUUCACUUUUCUCAUGUUUACUUAAAGUCCUGUUUUCUUACAAACUAGCAAACUAAACAAGACUAAACAUACUGCACUUAUGUGUCUCUUCAAGAGCUUUAGGAGUUACUUUACCAUUUAAGUUCACCCACUUCUCAACAACAGAGUAAGGGUAACUGGGAAGUUUUAAUGAUAGACAAAAACACGCUCAACUCCUUUUCAAAGACAUGUGACAUGUUUUUACCUUCUUUUUUUGGUGUUUCUGAAAUAAAUUGAGUGUGUAUUUGAUGCUAUGGCUUUUUUCACUGUAAUAUUCAGUACACAUAAUUGUUAUAAUUGUACAACAAAGGAAAUGUAUUCCCAAAGUUGAAUGUAGGCCGAACUAUCACUAACUUUAUCCUUUCAUUUCCAACCUCAAGAAAAAAUGUUUGGCCAAGGUUCGCCACUGAACGGAAUGUGCUGGGGUGUGUUUUUUUUUUUUUUUUUGCAUUUUUGCCUUUAUUGGACAUCUGACCAAUCUCAC